AUGGAAAAAAAAAAGUUCGCCGUUAUUGGUGGAGGUUGGUCUGGUCUAUAUGCUUUGAAAUAUUUGUUGGAAGAAAAACUUGAUGCUCGACUCUAUGAACGUGAAUCAAAUCUUGGUGGAGUAUGGCUUUACAAAGAAGCACAAGGUGGUGUUUAUCAGUCGACACACGUCACUUCAUCAAAAACGUAUCUCCAUGCUUCUGAUUUUCCUCUACCCGAUGAAACGCCCCAUUUUCCAAAACAUGAUCAAGUACUUGCGUAUUUAAAUUCCUAUGCCAAUCAUUUCAAUUUAUGGUCUCAUAUACAUUUCGAAUGUGAUAUCAGGAAAAUUGAAAAAGGACGAGAUAAUCAGUGGAAAGUGACACUUCGAUGUAAUGGAAAAGAAAUAAAAGAAGUUUUUGAUGGACUGGUAAUAGCUACUGGACAACAUCAAAUAGCUAAUGAUCUUCGUCAUGUUGAACCAUUCGAUCAAUUCACAGGAACUACAUCACACAGCAUUUCAUACAAAAAACCUGAUGAUAGAAUCCAUCGUGAUAAAACAAUUCUGAUCGUUGGUGGAGGUGAAACAGCCAGUGAUUUGGCUGUUGAACUUUCUACAUUUGCUCGCCGCAUCUACAUGAGUAUUCGAGGGGGUCAAUGGUUUCAAGAACGUCUCUUUGGGGAUCAACCAGCUGAUCUUCUUUUCCCCAAGUCAUUCGGAUUCUUUGGUUUAUACGACAAUGUAUGGGCUAAAAUAGGAUGGACACUGUUUAUUCGACCUUUCUGGGGCGAAGGUGGAACAGGAAUUAGUGAAUGGAAACCUCGAUGUCAACUUUUCCAUGGUUUCCUUAAUAAAAGUCGAGAUGUCGUCCAUAAAGUAGCAUCAGGAACGGUCAUACCAAAGAGAAAGAUUAACAACAUUAAGGAACAGUUGGUGAUCUUUGACGAUGAGAAAAAAGCGGUGCAUAUUGAUCAUAUUCUAUUUUGUACCGGCUAUCGAUGGUCUCAUUCGUUUUUAGAUGACAAUUUCGAGAAAGAGACCAACGUUGAGUUCCUUUAUCAAUUAAUCUUUCCUGUCAAUCUUCCUAAUCUUGCUUUUGUUGGAAGUGCUCGACCUAUAUUUGGCUCAAUUCCAUCGCUCGCCGAAUUGCAAGCUCGUCGUAUCGCUCAAGUCUUUUCCGGUAGAGAUUUUCUCCCUUCGGCAACAAAUAUGUCUAUAUGGCUAAAAAAAUAUUGGAAACGUCACGCUCAACUCUAUCCGUUCGAAGCACGUCUUCCACAACUUGUCAAUCAAUUCGAGUAUGCUGACCUAUUAGCUAACGAACUCAAGAUCAAACCUCGUUUAUGGAAGUUAUUUUUCUCUCAACCUCGAAAAUGGUAUACUAUUUACUUUGAAAGUCCCUGGAGUCCGUUUCUUUUUCGUAUGAAUGCGAUUGAAACCGAAGAGGAAAAACUAGCCUAUUUAAGACAUGUCAACUGUAUUCCUCGACGAGAUCAAGUAUUUUUUAGCUUUACACUAGAGAUCCAAGUGAUCUUUGGAAUUGUCUUCCUCUUUUUCAUUAUUUGUUUCGGAACACUUUUUGCCUUUCUACUUCAUAUUUUCUGAAAGAUCUGUAUUUAUCAAAUAAAUCUAUUACAAUUAUAAUAACUUUUAAUUAACUUAAGAAUUUCAUACUAAUCGCGACAUUAUAUCAAAUUAAGAUGAAAGAUAUUCAGUGUGGUGAAUCUACGUAUAAAUAAUUGGAAAUUUCAAAAAAAAAGAUUUUUCUAUCCGAACUAAAUGAUAAAUAGAAAAUUGUUGCGUUACAAGCGAGAAGCCAAAAAUAAAGUCAAAGUGCAGAAUUUGAACGGUUUUUCUGUCGAGUCAAAAAUAGGAGCACAUCGAAUAUUUUUUCGUAUUUUUCAAAAAUUCAUAAUAAAUGGUUUGUAUUUUCGUAAAAAGGAGUUGCAACAUUCUUUCGAAAUCGCAGUUUUGUAGAGAAAACAUUUCUCUACAAGAUGGUAUAUAGUAACCCCCCCCCCUCCCAUAAUAGAAGCCCAAGGGCUUCUAUUACGU